AUGACUAUGAAGCCAUCCCCAUCUUCUUCUCCCUUGAUCUCUCCUAUGAUUCAUGCCUCUCUUAUUCAUCUUGUCUCUCCUUCUCUUAUUAUUUUUGUUCCUCAUGUAAUGAUCCACUGGUGUCCGUUAGCUUGUUCUCGUGCGAGGAAAGGAGGUACGUCGCACCGGAGCCGAUUGAUAGAGGACGUGAGCAACGCCAGAGUCACCGUCUCAACACCACCGGACGUGGAACUGUAUAGCCGUGAGUUGAACGCUACCGGGGGUGCAGUUGUGUCACCGGAGAUCUAUGCCGCCAAGGUCUGGAUCGCCGCCAUCACCACUCAUCUUUUAUGCGAUCUCCAUCCAUGCCCAUGUGAUAACGUAAGCUUACAAUUUGAGAUCCAUGGUGAAACCCAUGUUUGCUUAAUGAUCAAGUUAUCAUGUCUAUUCUCCGAACUGCUUUCAGUUCUUCCGAUUUGGCUAAGGUGAGCUUGCCGAGUAGUUGGAUAUCUGGACGGUUUGGUGUCUUGGGAUAAUUGUAUUUUAUUUCGG